AUGAUGAUUUCCCGGAGACCAGCUUCGAGUCCGGGUCGGGUCGACAAAUAUCCACCGCCUUUCAUGGGGUUUCUGAGGAGCAAAAGUAAAGGCGGAAGCAUAAGCAGAAGUAGAAGCCGAAGCAAAGGAAGGUCACGCGCGAGUCCUCUCUUCGUUCGCCGGAAUAAAUCUGCGGCGGCGGUAACUCAAGAACCGUCGUCUCCAAAGGUUACUUGCAUGGGUCAGGUCCGAGUCAAGCGAUCGAAGCCGAAAAUUCAACUCAAAUCUCGCGACAACCCGACCCGACGACGACGAUGUGAGUGGAUCCGAAACGCUUCGUUUUACAGCAAAUUCGCCGGGAAAAUCAAAACGAUGCCGUGGCCCAAAUUUCGAUUGUUUUCGUUUCCGUGUUCUCGGCCGAAAUCGAAGAGCGAUAGGGGGAAAGAUUCCCCAAUAAGCCAAUUACAUCGUCCGGCAACAGAAUCAGCUGGAGAAAAUGGAGAGGAAUUCGAAGAGGAAGAAGAGAAUUUCAAAAUCCCGAAAUUAAUGGUCUCUCCGGCUUCUACGCCGCCGAUAAACGCCCUUUUGUUGACAAGAAGCAGAUCUGCACCGUACGGAUCCUCGUCGUUGGCUUUCAGAUUCUGGGAAGAAAAUAACCAACGAGAAGUUGAAUUACGAAACGGAAGAGAGCAAAAUGUUAGAUCGGAAAAUACUGAAACGGAAUCGGAAGUCGCCACGGUGAAAAUUAACGGGGUUUACGAGUCGGCGAGGUCUCUGGGGACGAACAUUGACAGUGAGGAAGUAGAAUUAAGGGGGGUAGAGUUUGAACGGCGGCCGGAGUUGACAAGGAGCAAAUCGGUGCCGGCGAGGAUCGGCGAGAAGAUGGUGUUGCUUCCGAACGAAGAAGAAAAUUAA